AAUUUGAAACACGUGCGUGCGGGUUCAAGAAAGGUUAUGUGUGUUAAUUAAAAUGCCCUUUCUUUUAUUAAUCGCCGUUCCUAUUGUUCCUUUCUCAUCCAUAUAUGAAGCGCUCUAUGUUCACUUCCGAACUGGCCUCAAUUCGUGCAUCUCUUAGUAAUUGUGUGCUUGUCUCGAAGAAUUUGUUUUGGAAAUUUGGCUGAUGCAAUACACGCCAAAUUUGCAGUGAUGCACAAGUGCAUUGUGGUGUAAAGCAUAGCGCUGUAACCGAUUAUGUCAUCGUACUUUUAAGGCGGCAAAUCUAAACGCUCAGAAUUCCCAUUGAUAUAACUACCAAGUGCUGUACAACUUGCUUGUCCUGCAAUAGCUGAGCAAAAACGCAUCCAGUGAGGGAAGAUGACUACCACGCCGAUGCUGAACUCCCCCGUGGAGGUGGGUGCCACGACACCUGUCGGUGGGCAGAAACCGGAAGUCCACGAAAACGUCCACCUCAAGAAGCAGCUGGGGCUCCUCGAGGGAGUCGCCAUCAUCCUGGGAAUCAUUUUUGGUUCGGGGAUAUUCAUCUCCCCAAAGGGUGUGAUCCAGGACAUGGGCUCUGUUGGUGGCUCGCUGAUCGUCUGGACCCUGUGUGGUCUCCUGUCAAUGAUCGGAGCUCUCUGCUACGCAGAACUCGGGACAUCUAUCCCCAAGUCUGGUGGCGAUUAUGCUUAUAUUCACGAAGCAUUUGGCCCACUGCCGGCGUUCUUGUAUCUCUGGGAUGCGAUUUUAAUUUUUGUGCCUACAACAAAUGCCAUCAUGGGUCUGACAUUUGCAAGUUACGCCAUUCAGCCAUUUUUCCCAAACUGCUCAGUACCUGAUGCUGCAGUUAGAAUGAUUGCAGCUGUCACCAUAUGUUUCCUGACGUUCAUGAACUGUUACGAUGUCCGCAAGACUAGUCGAAUGCAAAACCUGUUUAUGUUCACUAAGAUUUUGGCACUAGUACUUAUUAUCAUUGCAGGGUUGGCCUAUCUUUUUAUGGGCAACACUGAAAAUUUCAAUAAUCCCUUUGAAGGUUCCCACUCGGAUCCGGGCAGGAUUGCUGUGUCCAUUUAUUCUGGUAUAUUUUCCUACUCUGGAUGGAAUUACUUAAACUUCAUGACUGAAGAGCUGAAGAAUCCUUAUGUUAAUUUGCCACGAGCUAUUUACAUAUCCAUCCCGCUGGUGACAUUCAUUUAUGUGCUCGCCAAUGUGGCGUACCUCGCAGUCCUCACUCCGAUAGCGAUGAUCUCUUCCGACGCCAUUGCCGUCACAUUUGCGGACAAAGUCCUGGGACCGAUGUCGUGGAGCAUGCCCCUGCUGGUUGCGCUGUCUGCAUUCGGGGGCCUCAGCGUCCACAUCAUGACGUCCUCCAGGAUGUGCUUUGUCGGUGCCCGGUACGGACACUUCCCGGCCAUGCUGUCUCACAUCAAUGUCCAGCGCCUCACCCCGACCCCUUCUCUAGUCUUCCUGAAUCUACUUUCUCUCAUCAUGCUGUGCACGAGUGAUGUUCACGUACUUAUAACGUACUCGAGCUUCGUCGAGUCGUUCUUCAUCAUGUUAUCGGUUGCUGGAAUACUGUGGUUGCGCUGGAAGAGGCCCGAAAUGGACAGACCAAUUAAGGUGGCGUUAUGGAUACCCAUAACUUUUGUGCUGAUAUGCGCUUUCCUAGUCUUCGUGCCAUUCUACGAGCGCCCGUACGAGGUGGGUAUGGGCGUGUUGAUAACAGUGACGGGUGUGCCAGUGUACUACAUGGGGGUGGUCUGGCAGGACAAGCCUGCUUGGUUCCUCAGUGGCCUCGACAAACUGACCUGCAGUGUCCAGAAAUUAUUCCUGUCUGCCAAAGAAGAGAAAGAAGACUAAUUCCAUGCUGCAGAAAACCAAGGAAUUAUAGUGUUAAAUUAUAAGUAGUUUAAAAAUUGAGCUUGGCAAGUACUUUUUUUGUAUUGCUUGGUUUAUGCUGGAGAUUGACAGCCAGGUGGUAGGAGGUGUUUGUCAGACAAUGUAUCAGACGGAAGUUAAGAAGUGCUAUAUUGCAGUGUGUUACCUAAUUUAAUUUAGUCAGUGUAAUAUUUCAGAUUUUAAGUUUUAUGUAUUUGUCUUCGCUGUGCGAGGGUAUUGCGUGAUUGAUCAUUAACUACCGAGUGCGGCAUCACAACUUUGUUUUACCAAAAAAUAAGAAUCUGAUUUUUUCUGAUUCUCUCAAAAAUUGUAGCAUUUCUCCUCAAAAAAAGGCACUUCUCAUUACAGAACAUUUUGACUUCGUAGUAGGAGCAUAUAUUACAACUUUAUGGGUCAAUUUUGCCUCUGUUUUGGAUGAUCUGAUAUUCAUUUAAAUUAGUUUGUUCUAUUGUUUACAGUAAUAUUUGUAUGGAUGUGACACAUACCAUCAUUUAGUAUUAAGCCCAUUUUAGUGAUGAGUGGACAGUAUUUUUCAUGCAAAACUGUAAAUUAUAUUUUCAUUUUAAUGUAGUUUGUUGUAUUAUUAGUCUUACGUGUUUUCAGUUGUAUGGUGAACUUAUGAUCUUAAUAUUAUUUUUGUGUCAGCAGACCGCUGCUGUUGGUCUGGGAAAAAAUAAUACCUUGAACCAAUGUAAGCAAGAAGGCAUUAAGUAUGUGUGAUGUGUUACUCUAAAAAAAUGCUCAUUGUACAAAAAGCUAUGACAUACUACCUUUUUUAUGUUGACAAUUCAGAAAUUAAGUUACACUUUUAAAAGUAAUAUUGUACUAUAACAAUUUUAUCAAUGAAUUGGAAAACUAAGUUUUAAUGGCUGAAAGUCUUUCUUCAAAGUGCUGCCCUUGAGAUCUUACAUUGAAAUGGAUAGCUGUUGUUUUUGCCAUAAAAUAAUAUCCACUGUCUCUGACUCAGAAAUGCAACAUCUUGUCAUCUUCCCUGACAGAACUUACUUUGCAGCAGGAUGCAUGCUAUUUUGAAACUGUUUCAGGAAGUAAUGCUUUCUCAGCUGCAGUUGACUUAUUUAUUCCAUCAUAAACAGUUAUGAUCCCAUCAUCCAGGCUUGAAAACUGUAAGGAGGUCACAAAAUUUGGAACUGAAUGACAGAAUUAAAUGUGUGCGUGGAAACCAAAUCAUAAGUUUCCAUCAUAUUAACUCUCAAAUGAAUGGUUAGCUCACAUCUAAAAUGAUAUUAUGAGAAAAUAAAUAGUCGGCUACAGCUGUGGACAUUUAUAUCAUGAAAUAAUAAUAUCAGUGUGGAAUCAUGAUUAUUUUCUUUACAAAGUGGGCAUCAUCAUGAAAUUGACUCACAGAUUUCGAUGUGCCAAACUGGCUCUGAAACUUGGAUUUAUGAAUUUCGUGAACAACGAUUCUAGUUGCUAACUUAUCCUCAAACAACUUAUGAUAGAGCUGAAGGCUUCAGACAGUUUCAGAGUUUAGGGCUUGGAUGUUCAGCUAGUAAGAGCCAUUACCAACAAAAGACUUAGCUCUGAGAUUGAUUCUCGGUCUAGCACACAGUUUUAAUCUUCUUUACUUUGAUGGUAGGUUUUCGUGUUUCCAUUUUUGUGCACUUGUUUAUACUCCUAAUUUUCAGUUUUAUUUCCUUUGCUACCACACUCUUCGGUAACAAUGUGUUUUCAGAAUGGAUAUUCUUAGCUGAAAAAAAAAUACCAGGACAAAAUACAUAGCCUGUUUGCAAACUUUGUUUGGUUCAGUGUCUGAGUGACUUCUAAAUUUGCCCUCCCUGUUCAUGUAUGCCCUUGUGGAAUUUGUGAUCAAUAAAAAGAACUGCUCUCUCUCUCUCUCUCUCUCUCUCUCUCUCUCUCUCUCUCUCUCUCUCUCUCUCUCUUUCUCUUUCUCUUUCUCCCUGAGAACACUUUCCGGAGCAUCGUACAGAAAGGUACAUGCUACUCUGCAAAUUCCUUUUUUAAUAGGUGUCCAUCAUAAGUGGAAAACUUCAAACAAUAAGUGAAGUUUUAAAAUUGUAUGGUGAAAGCGUUCGGUGUGGAAACCUGCUUAUAUUUUGUACAGAAGUUGCACCCAGUAAUAGGGAGAAAUUCCUUGUAAUGUAGUACUCAUACAUAUGUAUUAUGCAAAAUAUAUAAGUUAACUCAUAAGGUGGUCAUACUUUAAAUUCUUCAGUUCAUCCCAUGUCAUCCAGUUGGCCCCCCGCUUCAUUCUUUGCAGAGACAUCCAGUUUGUCAAAGUUGAUAAAAAAUAUUUUAAAAAUGUGUUCUUUUGUGGUUGGUGGUUCAAUGUUGAAUCGAAGAAAAAUUGUCCCCUUCAUUGCAUUUGCGACUCAUUUAUUCGAAAUUCAGAAUGCAGAACACGUUGAGCUCCACAGUAGCCAUUUUGCAACUAUCUGUUGCCGUCAGCACCCCAGUGGUCUUUUCCACAAGUAUCAGUACUCUAGGAGUGAGGAUCGAAGCUGUACAGCCUCUUCUCAAAUGGUGUGUAGCUUAUUUGUAUACAAUUUAUACUGAAUGAAAUAAAAAUUAAUUUAUGUUCAUCUUUUGGAAUAACUAAGCAUUGCUUGUCAUUCCUUCUAUAUAAAUAAUUGACAUCGGGCUCAUUUACCACAAUGGCAUAGGUCGUCAGCAAAUAGUCAGAAUAUGGUGUGAAAUGUCUAGAGAAAAACAACUUUUGCCUCAGCUGUGUCAUUGAUGUAAAAAUUUUCACGAUCAAUUUCGAAGCUGGUAGAGUUUGUUUUCAGGCACCUCUAGUGGAUGAAAUAGAUACCUGCAUUCAUGCAGACUUUUGCAUUUGGUGUACUUGAGUACAGUUUCAUUCAUCUGAUAUGGCACAUUUAGUCUUCUUUCUUUCUUACUGAUGGAGGACAUAGAAAAAUAAGUAUCAACACUAUACAGUUCUUCUUUUAAAAUUUUCAGGCUGGAAGACCAGAGUUUAUGCAUAAAACUAUUCACUAAACUGUAGUCCCCAUCUGCAGGAGACAUAUUGAGAGAUGAAACUGACAAUUAUGUAGAAAGCUCAGAGGGUCCUGAAUUUAUAGAAAUGUAAUGACCUGUAUAGAGCAAAACACAGUUCAUGAAGUAACGUGUAUGAUUGUCUCCAGUUGAUAACACCAUUAUCAAUUACAAGUAAUAAAUUGUUAGAAAUCUUUCUGCAAAGUCGGUGUCCAUAUUUUACUUUAUUUAACUCCAUUUCUCUCCAUAAAUUGAUACUGCCCGUCAAUACAAGCUCAUAUGUUAAUGUGUCAUCAAAAUCCAAAUGCUAGUCUCAGGAAAUAUGGUUUCAUUUUCUUCACACUACAAAGUGCGUUUCGCUACCACUGACUUAUCAGUUUGUCCUCGUGAAUGUUCCUCUAGUGUUUUGCCGAAUAGGUGUUAAUAAUUCUUUUUGUGUUUCUGAUACAUACCUGACAACAGAGGCACAGAACUUUAUACACACUACCUGUCGCUAGUGAAUGACGUGCACAUUUCAGAGAUUGUAGGAAUUAAUGUGUUUCCUUGGUGUGCUUGAAUAUUGUUUAACUCCAUACUUUACCAACAGCUCGGAAUUUUUAAUAAGUAAACAGCAGAACUGAAAUACUUCGUUGUGUUAUUAAAUAAUCUACGUGUUUUGCUAUACAGAUACCAUGUAUAUGACAGAGCUUGAAGAAUGUAUGGAUGGAUAACAGGUUGACAAUAAUGGACAGCAGCAAGCAGUGGUGCUUACUUGGUUAAGUAGCCAGUCAUCUGUUGUCUGAUAGCUGGAAAACUAUUGCAAACAGUUACAGUGUUGCGUGAGGAGACAGAUUCACUGUUGAAAAUUCUUGUGCUUUCUGCAGUCCUUACUGAGCUGCAGUAAAUUUGGCACAAACAAAUUUCUUGUUCAAAAUAGAAAGUGUAACUUAUUUUCUGAAUCUACCUCGCAUAUCACAAUGUGGACUAUAGUGUGUUACUUACUUCACAUUUAAUUUGUAUACAAGUAAAUGUACUUCCAUUGCACACCAUUAUAGACAUUCAGAUCAUAUUAGUCCCAUUUUGUUUUGUUGCUGUGAGUGCAGCAAUUAAAAAUUGACUGAAUUUGAAUCUCGGUAUAUUAUAGUGUGUCCCAUCAGCUUUUUAAAUUCAUUUUUUGUGGCAGUAUGUUUCUUAGCAAGAAUGGCAGUUUGCUGUACAGUCAUCUCCGUAGUAAUAAUUUUUAAUUGUAAUUCUUGAGCUUGUUUGGCAUAGAAUUUAGUCAAGUGGCAGCAGGAGAGAAAACACACAAAAUACACUGAAAUGUGCAAGUUUUCAGAGCCAGUGGCCCCACCAUAUGGCAGUUGAGAUUCUGAACCCCUGAUAUAGGGUUCUGGGUGACUUUUAUGUAACUCUCUCUAUGUCCUGAACCUCAAAAAUCCUUUUCAUCACCACUCUCCCUUUCCGUUUAACCCUUAUGCUAGGAGGAGGAGCCACUGGCUCUGAAAGCUUAUGCUUACGCAUUUCAAUAUGUUCUAUAUGUUUGUUCUCCUGUGGCUCCUUAGUGAUUAGAUUUUUUAUCUGCCUGUGUUGUGUUAUAAUGUGGAAUAUAAUUUGUCGGUACUGGCAGCAUUUUAACAGUUUUUGGCACACACUGGGAGCUCCCGUGUACUGGGAACAACUGGAGUAGGUCUGAUGUUACGGUGCGUUUCCUGCUGCCGCUCUCCAGUUUGAGUGUGUUGUGUAGUCCCUUCAGUGCUCGUGCAUAUUUUCUCUUUCUUUCGCAUAUUUGCAGUUAACCUGAAGGAGGAGCUAUGUAACCGUUCUGAAAACAAAAGAUUAUUGUUACGCAACCAAGCCAAAUGUGGGCUUUUUGCGUUUGCAGUAACUCAACCUCUUAGUUGGCUAGGUACAUCUGCAUCAGUGUGCUAUGUGGUGUUCACUGUUGUUUAAACAUAUGGCGUGACAGCAGAAAAUGUGUUCAGGCAAGAGCGAUGGCUAUGUAUAUUGAUGAUGUUAAGUUUGUUGGUAGCCCGAGGAGAGAGUAGACUGGAUUCAAAAUACUGUGGAACUGCUUCCAAGACAUUGAUGUUUGAUGGUGGUGUGUGAAACACAGGUGAGAAGGUACACCAUGGGGGGAAAUGAAUGUCAUUAUUUAGCCCGAAAUAAAAGAAGACUAGUGUUGGAGAAUGCUGUAUCAGAUAUCAACUCGGUGGGAACUUUUUAACAAAAGUACAGAUCCACAGCUGGUAUAAGUUGUUUGUAGGAUGUUAUCUCAUUUUUACAGCUGUCUAUUUUUUUGACACUUAGUUGCAAUUUCAGAAUUGCUCUUGAUCGGGCUCAGUCAUGUUGCAAUCUUUUUAUAGAUAUGUUAGUGAUCAGAAACUUACUCUUCUGGCUGAGUGUAUCCUAUGUACCUCGUAGGCAAAUUAAGUUCCACUACCUUCUUCAGAGACCUCGCCUUAUCUGAAGACUAGUAAGAUUAUUAUUUAGACAGGUUCACUCAGAUUUAAUGGUUGAAUUGUGGGCACUGCAUAGUGCGUCAGAAAAAUUAUCUUUCGGUGUAGUUAUGUGAGGUGAAACUAGAUAUCUUCUGUUUGUUUAUACAAUACUACAAAAACUGAGGAUGAGUGUUCAAACCAAGAUCUGUAAGCACCAUUAUCUGUGGUGAGCACAUCAGAAUCCUCAAAUGCAGGAAAUUACUAAUUUUGUAGUUCGUGUUCAGUUUAGAUAAACCUCGAAUAAUAAUACUGAUAAUGUUUCACUGAUAUACCAUAUCAGAUCACUAUGCUUUGGAAAUCAUUCCUAAAUUCACAGUGUAUAUCACUUCUUGUAAACCCAUUAAGGCAGAGAUUAAUCACUACUCUCUUUUAGUGUCAUCAGGUAUAUAAAUUUUCAUUCAGUAAAAAUAUUUGGUCAUACUGAUCUACACACACACUUCAGUAUAAGUACCAGAGUCAUCAAUAAUCCAAAAUAAUUCUGUAACACUUUUCUUUUUAGAAGACACAACAUCUUGUUUUGUAACGCUAUAUACAGAUGUGUGCUACAUAAGUAUUUCAGUGUACAUGCGUUGUCAAGUAUGGCUCUUUCAAAGCAGUUAACAUCAGACUCUGACAUAGAAGUGUCAUUACAGCAUUAGAUUUUCGUAUAUGAAACAUAAUGUCAUUGUUAAAAACAUAGUCCACAUCAUCCAAGGGAAGCUCCCGGCAUCUUCUUCCUGCACAAGGCCUUGAUUUCUGUGACAUCUGUGUCUGGCACCUCCAACAUUCCGGCCCAGGUGGAAGAUUCCUUCCGUUGCUGCUUAGCUGCUUAUGAAACAUAAGAAACAACAAAUGCACACAUUUGCAGGUUUCAGAACUGAAAUUAACGUGAAUAAAUUCAGGCACACACUUGCCAUUGUUGUUCCUGUGCUAACUGAUAUUGUAAAUAUCCCUGUAUUGUCACACACUAUUUUCAAGCCAUUUGUGUACCCAUAGCAACCUAGCAUAGCAGUUGCUUUAGUCACCAUUUAUUGGAGUUGCAUGGUACACUGUUUCGCUUGUGCUAGUGCCAGAACACAGUUGAUUUCUGUUUCUGUCUUGCUUUUUCACUGAUGUAAAUGUGACUGUGCCACCACAGUAGUCAACAGUUGGUGUUGUUGGGUAGCAAUAAUAAUUUUGUACGCAGUGUAGAAGAUGGCGCACAGUAGGUUGUAGUUCAGUUACAGGGUAUUAUGCAUCGUGAAGUUGGAAUCUAGAGAUGAUGGUUAUUAUUAUUAUUGUAAUUUGUAAUUUAAUAAUUUGUUAAAAGAGGUCAUUCUCACCUGUACGCAGUAGAAUCAUUCAAACUCGAGUUUUUGUUUAGUUGCCUCGCACAAGCAUGUAGUGUGGAAGUCUGUCUCUCAUAAAGAGAGGAAUUAGAAACGUUGUCGCCUUUGUUCUUACGAUGUAGGCACUACUCCUAUCAGCGAGGAGGAAAAUAAUGUGUUUCAACCAUGACAAUAGUGAGUGAGGUGAUUCAUAGCUGGAACUUCCUAAAUAAGUUGCCUUUCAGCUAUUAUGAUCCAGAGCAUAUGUUUUCUAGACUUCUAAAAAGAAAGUAGCUUUUUUUAUCUUGCCAUACUUGAGUAGUAAGUGUCUUGGGAAAUGUGGGCCCCCACAUGUCAGCUCCAUGUGAAGGACUCACAUUUUCGUUUGAAUUUCUUCCCUGCGCCUGUAAAAUAAAGAAAAUAUUGUUUUCGCAAAAGUUUAAUUUUACUCCUGGAUAAAUUUUGUGAACACCGUAUAGCAUUAAUGUAAUUAUGUGUCGCUGUGUUAGCUCGAAACUGAUCUGUGUGCUUUUUAAAAGCCUUUUCUUGCACACGGUCCUUAUGAAAAACGGCCAGGGCCUGAGAAAAACAGUAUUGGGAGAUUUGUGGUGGUGAUUGUUGUUUAUUUAUGCAACAUGUUAGGUGUGUGAAAUGUUGUUCGAUACUGUUUCUUAAAUUUUAUAGUUGGUUCAUACAUUUUAUAAAGGAGACAGUAUUUCCAGCUUGUUGUGUGUGUCAGCGUAAUUGGUUCAAACAUUUUUUAGGUCCAAUUCAAUGGACGCAGGUAUAAAACUACAGCUGUGUUUUCUUUGAGAAUUCUUGCAUACCAAUCUGACAGUGUUCCCUGUACAUGGGCAGAAUUAAAUUUGAACAGUUUUUGAUAAUGUGAAUUUUGAUGAACACAAGUCCAAAUGGUUAUUACAAUGAUUGUCAUUCGUUCCUAACACUCAGUAAGACAUUGUGAAGCUGUUUCUGAAAGUGGAAUUGAAAUAUCUGCAAUAAUAUAUUAACCCUUUCGCUGCUAUAGGUUAUCUCUGAGCAUUCCGUGCUGGGACUGCUUCUGUUACGGUUGUACCGCUUGCCAAAUAUUGGUGCCUGUACUGAGAGAUGGCGUUUCAGCUGAUAAGAAAUAUUGAUCAUCCAAUUUUUCGAAAACUGUUAGAUGGAGAAAAAAAAAAAUAUUUUUGCAUGUGUUGAAGUCUGAUAUCUUCGUGAUAUGGAACUGGAUUUCUUUUCAUUAUGUGCCAUAGUUGUUGUGCUGUAUCAAAUUAAGUAAAACAUCGCGUGAAAUUUUAAAGAUUUUGCAGAGAUAAAAAUUUGUGUUUGGUUGAUUUUUGCUUAUUCAUUAGCAAGAAUGAAAUCUACACAAGAUAUCAAAAUUAUAUUUAAAAUUGAGAGCCAAAGGAUAUAUCACUUCAUUCUCACGUUAUUGGCUUUUAUAUCUGAAGGACAUAAGCACACAUUGUGCCCAGUCACGUCCUUGCACAUAAUGAAUCAUGGGGUUGCAAUAAUUGUCAUAUCUCACAAACGGUGCGAGAUAUCGAAAUGUUUCUUGCAAAUGAUAGCAGGAAAUGAGGCACAUAUGUUGUACGAUAAAUACUCAAAACCUGUUUACUCACUGAAAUAUGGAAGUAAUUUGCCUGCAAUAGUGAGAGGUCAGCAGCUCCGGAUGCAUUCAGAAGUCUGUAGCAAUGUAGGAAAAUCAGAGCAGCGCGCCUGUAUUUGUCCACGACACCUGUGAAUGGCGCAGCAAAAUUCGUAUACGUGCCCACAGCAGCGAAAGGGUUAGCAGCAGCACUGGGCACUAGCUUCACAUAUUUUAUGUUGUGUAGCAAUAGCCAGAGGAGCCCAUAGCCUUUCAUUAAAAGAAAAAUUUUCUUGCACGAGUCCUAAGUUCAUAUUAACUGUAUUCAUGAAUUCCGGUGACAAUAAAAUGAGAAUUUCUGCUGUUGUGCGUUUAAUUAUAAUACAUAACAAGAGAGAUGGGAACAAAAUUUAAAUCUAUAUGAAGUUUCUGAAUAUUGAAAUAAUUUAUACUGUUGUGGUUAAAGAAAAUAUUGUAAUUUUAUAUGUAUAUCAUUGUUUUGUAUAUAAUGCUAGUAAAACUGUUUGUCAAAAAUCAGUAUUAUAACAUAUUGUUCUGCUGUAGUGCAGCUGGUGUAAGUAUAUUGUGUCUCGUAUAUGAAUGGUGACUGUUAUAUUAUUUUAACAGGUGUAACUAUGGAGGAAAACAAAAUGGUUUACAUUGUGUUUGGUAGCUGCCAUAUUUUGUGAUUUAUGAGCAGAACAGAUUGAUAUUUGUGUCUCAGCAUCUACUUAAGUGUAAAGUAUUGGUGGAUUCAGUGGCUCUUUUGAAACGUAACGCUUAACAAUGUAGCAGUUGGUUGCUCAGUCGAGCAUAGUCUGCAGAUCUGAUGCCAGUCUGUUCACUUGGGUUACAGAGAUACAAGAUAUUGCCUUUUGUGAUAGGGCACAUGUGAAUUUCCUGGAAUAUUUUGUAUGUUUUUAUCAGUAAAUAGAUGGUUCCCUGUGUUUGUAUUGUGACAAUAGUUGUACAAGACAGGCAGAGAGAACAAUUAAGUUGCAUGGGAGAUAACAGUUGCAUAGGAACCCACAUGCCACUGAGGGAGAUUGAUGGACACGGUCUGCCUCGGUGAUUGCAAAGGUGAUGAGAGGAAGCGACAUCUUGUGGAAGGGUGCCUCUGUAAUUCGUGCUUAAAAAGUUGCUGUGAUGCUUUUCCGUGGUUAUGACCACUUGCAGGGAAAAAUUGUGCUUCUCAAAGGACCUUUCUACAGUAACCUUUCAAGCAGUAGUAUAUUGAAUAAAACAACAGCGUGAAAUGUAUAGUUACUAAUGUUGCUGCACCAUUUUUGAAGGUUUUGUGUUGCAAAAUACCUUAUUGAAAGAGUUGGCAUCCUUUGUUGGAUCUUGAGCCUUUCAUUUGUUGCUCUGAUAUUUAUGCUUCACAUAUUUACUGAGUCCACUCCCUUGGGGAUUUGAAUCUGUCAAUCAUUGUUGUCAGAAGUGGCCUAUGAGCUCCACAGCUGGGACACUGAAAGAAAUAAUGUAACUAACUUCACUACUGGUAUGUAGUCUCUUCUGGCUUUUCACUGACUGUAAAAAAAAAAAAUGUCCUCUUUAGAAUACGAUGUGUACAUAAACUCUGGUAAAGCACUAAGGAGUUAAAGCACUAAGGAGUUUGUUUUGAAAAAGCUCCUAACACUAACUGCAUCUCGAGUGUGAAAUGCCAUCACCAGUAUAUUUGGGCAAGCAUUGGAGAAUUCUGCUCGAGCUCACAUUUUACGACUUUGUAGCUGUGUGCUGAGUAGUGAAAAUGCAGAAGUACGCAGCUAUUACAGAUAGCUGUGAAGCACCUUGUAAAUAUUUGAGAGAGCUGAAGUCCAAUUGAAAAUCAGCACAGCUGUACUAAACAUAUGAAUUAGAAAAAUUUGUGCAAAAAUUGAGCUUCUCUGGGCAAGUUGAAUGUCCAAAUAACUAUGGGGAACAUCUUUGAAAACAAUGAUAUUUUGGAGAAAUUGCCAGCUCCAAUCUCAUAAAUUAUUGGAGCAGAAAAAAAAUCCUUUUACUAUGGAAUUUGUUUAAAACGUAUUUUAAAAUUAUUUCUUCAGUACACCUACUUUCAAAAGAUAUCUGUAUGAGCGUAUUGAUGUCCAAAACGUCAAACAUUCUAACCCAAUGAACAAUCAUUCAUUCCUGCAUCAAGUCAAAUGGGCUUUACAGCCACUAUAUAACAUCUUAAAAACUUAGUAUGGCUGGCUCUUCCAGCAUUCAACUGAAGCAUGGCGCACUUGAGCUUCCUCAAAUCUUCAGUUUACUAACACAGAAUGCCACAAGUUGAAUCUGCACAGAACAAGUGCAAUACAAAAAUUUACGCAAUGAACUUUGUCAGUUAGUACAAUUAAUAUUUUUUUAAGGUGGUACCAGAUAUUAAGUACACAAGAUACAAUUGAAUCUCAUUUUUUAUGACUGAAAGUAUUUGCAAGUAAUGCAGAAUUGGGAUGUGUUUUAAUUUUGUGAACAUAUUUUUGUUUUUCCAUUAGGACAUAAAGGGAUUUUACAAUUAAUGUCUAAUGUAACUUCAGGAAUUUUACUAGACUUUUAAUUCCUAGUCAUUGUUUGUGAUUUUUUUAAAAUUUUAUUCCUUUAAUUUUGUCCAAAUACAUUGGAAUUUGCUCGUGUUGAAAUUGUCAGUAUUCUUAUAUAUAUAGAAUUGUGUGUCUUUUGUGCUGUUAUGGCUACUUCUAAUCUUACAUUUGAUAUUAAUUGGAAAAAUUUAUUUUUGUAAAGUAUUGUAAAAAUAUAUGAAGUAAAUUUUGCUGUGUUACUGAUUUAUUUUUCUGUGUUUGUAUACAAAAACAUUCGUUAUUUAAAAGUAAGUGUCAUAAGUAAAACGAGUUUUGCAGUGUGUGCUGAGAUUUGUAUUUGGAAAUGAACUUAUUUUUGAAUAAGUGUGUGGACAGUACUUGUAUUUUAAUUCUGGAAAUAAAUUUCUGCCUGAUUUAA